AUGAUGUCUAUUGCUCGCUAUACGUUUGGCCUCGUUCUCGCACUCUCUACUACAUCUUCGUCUGCUGAAAACAAUCUGCGAACACCACGAAAGUUGCAAACUUACUCAAGCUACGAUGGCUACUACCAACAGAUGCUCGAUGCAGUGAAUGCUGAGCGAGCUAAAGCGGGUUUAUCGGCUUUGUGCACGAACCAGAAGCUGGCAAACGCAGCAGCUCGUCAUUCGAAGGACAUGGCCGAAAACAAUUUCAUGGGUCAUGAAGGUUCGGAUGGAUCCACUUUGUCGAGCCGUAUCACCGAUGCAGGGUAUUCAUGGAAUGCAGUGGCAGAAAACGUUGCCGCCGGUCAAGAGGAUGUCGCCUCAGUUAUGGAAUCUUGGAUGAAUUCUGCAGGCCAUCGCGCCAAUAUCUUGGGUGCUGACUACACAAUGUUUGGCACUUCAUAUGUUUACAAUGCUAAAAGCACAUACGGACACUAUUGGACGCAGGACUUUGCUGCCGGAGAGUCUGAAAUCUGCGAAAACGGAAGCCCCAGUACAUCACAAUCAACUGAACAAACUCAAGAGGAAACCCAGUCAACUAACGAUGAAAAUGACAGCACCUCGCAAAGCUAUAGUCCUCCCUCGACUGGUUAUCCUACCACAUUUGCAUCUCCAUCUUCUGGUGGUUUUUCUAUGAAGAGCUUUUUCACAAAAUCUCGCGCCACGGAAACUCCAGUCCAACAAAAUACCACAAAAGUUCCCAUUUCAGUAACUCCGUCGUCGGAUAUUCCAGCUCCGGUUACUCCUGCCUCAAUCAAUCCAACUCCGGUUACUCCUGCCUCAAUCAAUCCAACUCCCGUUACUCCUGCCUCAAUUCAUCCAGCUCUGGUGAAUUCACCUUGGAAAACUGUCGCUACUGUGUUUCCUGCUCCAGGAAGUCAAGUCCCAACGACUCCAGAUUGUGAAGGAAAGAAGCGGAAUUUUGUUGUGACCCGAUAA